AUGGGUGCAGGGAGGGAUUCCCUGCCGGCAAUGGCGAUGGUUAUGGUGCAGCUGGGCUUCGCGGGCCUGAACAUAGUUUCUAAGCUCGCCAUGGACGCAGGCAUGAACCCUUUCGUGAUGGUUGCCUAUCGACAGGUCAUCGCCACAGUCUUCCUCGCUCCCUUCGCCUUCUUCUAUGAAAGGUGUGAUGCCACUCUCUUUGUUUUCUCUUCUUCUCCUCCUCCAAUCCAUUCCUUAUUUCGUUCAUCCUUGUUCUUCCAGGAAAACCAGGAUGAGGAUGACGGGCACAGUCCUCUUCCAGAUCUUCCUUUGUUCCAUCUUCGGGUGAGUUCCCUUCCCCUAACCUGCGCCAUCAGAACUUCCCAUAUUUCCUAAUCUGCCUCUGAUCACUCUGAGGCUAUUCUCAUCGCCCAGAGCGACACUGAACCAGCUUCUCUACUUCGUGGGGCUCAAGUUAUCCACCCCAACAAUCGCAUGCGCCCUCAGCAACACUCUCCCCGCCAUCACCUUCAUCUUGGCCGUUCCCUUCAGGAUGGAGACGGUGGAGGUGAGAACCAAGGCCGGAUCAGCAAAGGUCCUGGGGACGGCCAUCUGCGUCGGUGGGUCCAUGCUGAUGACCUUCUACAAGGGAAGCCUCGUCCGCCUGCCACCGUCGAGUAUCCACUGGCGCUACGCAGAGGAGGUCGCCGGCGAGGUUCCCUCCGCCGCCGGCGAAGAGAUGGUCCUCGGCGCGACCCUGGUGGUAGCUAGCUGCUUCGCCUGGUCCGUCUGGUUCAUCAUCCAGGUAACUGGUUAGAACAGCCUCACAUUAGUCUCUGUGUACGCGAAGAUGAGCGAGAACUUUUCCAUUAAUUUCUGUCUACAGGCGAAGAUGAGCGAGAACUUUGCGUCACCUUAUACGAGCACCGCCAUUAUGAGCCUUAUGGCGAGCCUUGAGUGUCUGGCCGUCGGCGCCGCUGUCGAGAGGAAGGCCGCCGGCUGGGCCGUCGGCUGGGACAUCCGCCUUGUCGCCGCCUUCUACACGGUACGUACGUCCACCGCAUUCCUGCUGCUGACAUUCCGCCGCCGUAUGACGCAACCUCCGUAGGGCAUAGUCGGCUCCGGCCUCGCCUUCGGGCUCAUGUCCUGGUGCAUCCAACGGAGGGGCCCCUUGUUCGUCUCCAUGUUCAGCCCGCUACUGCUCGUCAUCGUCGCCGUGCUCGGGUGGGCAAUCAUGGGGGAGAAGAUCUACCUUGGCAGGUUAGCAGCCUCGAACCAGAAGCUCCUACACAGAUCACCAAGUUAUAAAUUUCCACGGACUUUGUGAUGAAACCAGCCGCUCUUCUUCAGCAUGGUGGGCUCUGUUCUCAUUGUCGGAGGGCUCUACUUGGUGCUCUGGGGGAAGGGGAGGGAGCUCCGCGGGACCAGCUCCACCGCCGGCAAGUCUUUCGACGAGGAGAGAGAGCUGGGUUUUGCCACGCGGUCCCCCCGCCCCACAAGCUGA